ACCCGGCCGAAAAUGUGUGUGCAAAAUGGCUGAAAACGCGUGUGUCAACGAUGUCAACACGCACCCAGUCAAUGAUGCUUCAUCACAGGUCGGAACAUUCCAUGGGAGGUGGGGACGCACGUCGUGGAGGGUGGAAGAGGCCACAAACAUCGUCGAGCGAGUUCGACUCCCUAACUCUGUCUGCAAGAGGGGGGGCAGGUCAUUUGAGUUUUCGCCCAGCGACGGUGCCGUUCUCCGGGUCCCUCCGCUGAGCAGCUUCUCCUCACUCCGGUUCUGCAGGAUCAUCGACCUCGGGUAUCGACUGGAUGUUGUGGCCAAAAUGUCCAGUGCUGGUAGUCCGAAGGUAAAGAUCCCCAUCAAGAUAUGCUCCUGCAGGCACCACCCCCACGGCACCGCCCAGCCUUCCUUUGCAACACCUUGUGCGGCCCCACAGGACAGUGCCCAAGACAAGACAAGACAAUUAGGACAAUUAGAAAUUGCUAUCCUAUCAGGGCUCUAGCCAGCGUCCGUUUUUCCGUCAAUUGACGGAAAUUUGCUGCGUGUGACGGAAAAAUUUUAAAACCAAUCCGUCAACCUUGACGGACAAAAAUUCUUGGUGGAAGCUACAGGUGGUUUGGGGACGCUGUCUAUGGCCAUAAAAGCCACGCACUGUUUGUUUCGCUAUUGUUAUUAUUGUUGACGAAGUGUGUCGGCGCCCUUUAGCAUACGAUAAUCUCAUUAAAAACCUGUUUUUCAAGGUCUCAGUUCAGUCUUUCUAACUCCUGGAAGAGUGUUUUUGCGACAAUGGGAAUUGGCUGACGGAAAAAAAAAUUCGAGCUGGCUAGAGCCCUGUAUCCUAUAUUAACUUUUUUAUACUGCCACCUUGAAGUUUAUAUAUGCUACAAAUAUGUGACAUUUUGGAUAAAAUUGUAUUGUACUAUUGUGUUUUAAAACGAUGUGAGCGGAAUGUAUUUCAGCUUACAGCCUAUAUAAUAUUUAUACUACUUAUAACCGAUUCGUACAUUAAGCAGCUUACUCAAGACAGCGGUUUGGACCUGCAGCAACUUCCCACAGCGAUGGGUGACAAAGAGGGGUGGUGGAAACUAGUUAUGUGCAGAUUCCGAGCGAGCUCCCCGGAGUGAGUGAGUGAGUGAGUGAG